GAACAUCAAAUGGAAGAGGGUUCAUUACCAAGGAUGGAUGGUGACAGUAAUGGAGAAACCUUGGUCUCUUAUUACCGCAGUAUACUGUAUGAGAUGGUGGAUGAUCCUUCAACAGAUUCAAUAGUUUCGUGGAGCGAGAACGGCAAGAGUUUCGUCGUUGGGGAUGAAGUGGAGUUUAGAAAAGCUCUUCUUCCGAGCUGGGGCCUUGGACACUUAGGCUUUUCGCAAUCUGAGAAAUGCGAAUAUUCAUGCCCUUAUUUUAUGAGAGGUCAGCCUGACCUUAAACCGUCGCAAGACAACCUUAGAAAGAUUGAGACCGACAACAAGGGCUUGGAUAGUAGCAGCCUUUCUUGCUACAAAAAAAUGUGUAGGCUUGCGAAGAAGGAUCUUCCCCCUUCCUUAGCAAUUCGACGCCAACCCCUUUUCAUCAGAGACGUGUACGAGAUGGUGGAUGAUCCUUCAACUGAUUCAGUUGUCUCGUGGAGUGAGAACGGCAAGAGCUUCAUCGUUUGGAAGGAAUCUGAGUUCCUCGGAGAUGUUCUUCCUAGUCGCUUACCCUUCGAUUACAAAGAUAUGACAUCCCUCACCACCUGGUUUCAUGCCAUUGGCUAUAGUAAAGUUGAAGAAUCUGAGCAUUGGGAAUACACAGCCGAUUAUUUGGUCAGAGGCCAGCCUCCCCACCCAUAGGAUGCAUCUCCAUGCACUCCUGGGGUCUUAUGGUUACCCCAGAAAUUUUCACCUUUGCUUCCUGUAAGGCUCACAAACAAUAAGCUCUCUCGGUGGUUUUAUCGUGUGGUUUGAACAUUAUGUGGAACCAAAAGAAUUUGUAAGAUAGAUGGUUGAUGUUUAAUUUUAUCGUGUGGGGUUUGAGACA